CUCGCUUACACGCGCAAAGUCCCCUCUUCGCACACACUAGGGCUGGUACCACCCACUCGUCAUUUUCCGCACGAUCUGAAUCUUGACUUGGAAAAAUCUCACCGGACAAGCACAGUCAAACCACAGCAGCAAUGGCCAAAUCAAAGAACUCGUCCCAGCACAACCAGUCGCGCAAGGCGCACCGUAACGGCAUCAAGAAGCCCAAGACUUCGAGAUACCCUUCCCUCAAGGGAACCGACCCCAAGUUCCGCCGAAACCACAGACAUGCUCUUCACGGCACCAUGAAGGCUCUGAAGGAGCUCAAGGAGGGCAAGCGCGAGACCGCAUAAACGCAUUUCGAUUUAGCAGGUGGUAAAAAAAAGGGGAUCUUUGCAAAGUUUCAGGUCAAUUGGCCGCAGCUUAAACCAUUAGACGCGAUUUGCGCAGGAAUUGAUACCUCGCCGGC